UAUUCACGGAUGGAGUAGAAGCUUCGUCUAUUAAGCUUCCUCCAUAAUCAACCCUCUAGAAUGUGGUUCUUGUUGAUUCUUUAGAACCUUUGGUAGAGUAGGAAUUAGUUAGUGGAUUCACAACUCGAGAUUUAGGGUUUUUUGAACAAGGAGCAACAAGAGAGAAAGGUAUAUUUACUGUUACUUAUCGAGAGGCUAUGGGUUCCGACAUGUGGCUGCUCGUACAUAAGAUGUUCGACGUUUUGCUUCUGAGAAGUCUUCUGCCGAAUGACACAAAAAUUCAUCAUUAAAACCUUUUCUGAAUCAUGGCACUGACUUUGUUAGAGAGAAGCUUGGCUAUUCGCGGAGUAGUAGCAACUUCUCAUUUCCACUCAUGGCCCCGGAGAUUCUGCUCAAGAGCCCCGAUAAUUGUUGAUGCCGAAAAUGAAUCAACAAGAUUGGAAUCGGUUGAUUACAGCGGGGAAGCUUCUUCGACGAAUUACUCUAAUGGAAUUCAUCUUUCUCCCAUGUUUGGCCACGGUAAUACUCGUUUUAAUGGUUUUGAUAUAGAGAUUGUGGACCAUGAUACUUGGCAGAUAUCAUCAAGCUUAGCCCAGGCAUGGAGAGUAUUGGAUAAUUCUUUUACAGAAGCUGAUAAAGGGAUUCACGAUUGUUCUUCGAUUGUUAAGGGUGACCCAGAUGUUGAUGACAUCGAUAAUAUGAGAAUUCAUGGUGAUCUUUUCUAUAAGAUUGAUCGAGGCUCCAAGGAGUUCGAGGAGCACAACUAUGAUUUCCACAGGAAGAAAUCUCAGAAAAUGAAGAAUGAUCACAAGAAAUACAAAAAGAAUGCGGUAUCUUUGAACAAUUCUAAUGAUCAUAGAGAAGGCAAAAGGCAUAAUUUGGUCUCUAGAAGUGAGACAUUUUCCAGAUUUGUGAAGAAUGAUGGUGUUGGUUCUUUGCUUGAUACAAAUGAAAGUUGUGGUGGUGGGAAAAAGAAGGCAAGAAUUCCUACAUUUAAUCAGCUAACAGGUCCUUACCAUGAACCAUUUUGCCUGGAUAUUUAUAUAUCAAAAGCCUCAGUUCGAGCCUGCAUUGUUCAUCGAGUGACUAGCAAGGUUGUUGCUGUGGCUCAUUCCAUUUCUAAAGACAUGAAAUUUGAUCUGGGUUCGACUAGGAAUUAUACAGCCUGUGUUUCUGUGGGGAGGAUUCUAGCUCAGAGAGCAUUGGCAGAUGAUAUUCAUGAUGCUAUAUAUACACCCAGAAAAGAUGAGAAAUUGGAAGGUAAGCUUCAGAUUGUGCUUCAAGCUAUUAUUGAUAAUGGUGUUAAUGUGAAGGUGAAACUUAAACAAAGGAAGGCUAAGAAGGCUGGCCAGGUAUCUACAUACUAGAAGCUGUAGGUGAAACUUAAAUCGGUUCUGCUCUGUUGCCUUGAGUUUCUUCCUUAGAGGUUCCUUUUUUCAUGGCAUCUGAUUGUUUUUGAGAAAUAUUGAGAAAAUUGAAGCAUCUCCUAAUUAAGGCAAACUGGUCAUGGGGCACUGAAUCAGGGUGAAGUGAAAAAUUAAGAUGGCCUUGAGCUAUUUUGGUGGUGAGAGAAAUGUUGGUUCUUUUCCCCUCUUUCUUUUUUGCUUUUUUAAUAGAAAUAUGAGUUUGAAAUUGAGAGAGGAUCAAGAAGUUUUUGAUAUACUUUUCUUUGAUACUUUUUAUUCCAUGUUCAAAGAGAGAUUUAUAGAAUUGUUACUAUUCAUUUUUUAAUUUCCAUGGUCAAAUAAGGGUUUUUCACC